GUCAGGUUAAGGUGAGGCAGGAAGGAAACUACUCCCUCAGACAGUGAUGUUUUCUUUAUCUACUCGAGGCUUACUGAGCAUAAACUUACACACAUUUACUUGUGAGAGCACAGCACACUCAUUUCUAUAGUAUCUCUUACAGGGCUCCUCCACUGAAGCAUUUGGUGGUUACAUCACUCACUUAAAAGCUCUUAGGUGCUGGCAGGUUUUGAAGACGCAAAGAGCAUUUCUGCAGUCACGCUCUCCACCGAAACCCACUUCCAUCACUUGCUGUGCGCUGCCGCCCAUCUGCACCAUUAUCUGCCUGGGAAAGUUGAAGCAUAACAAAACUGCAGCCAGGGUAAACAACUUGUGAACAGCUGUAUACGAGGACAACAUGUAGAGAGUACCUACAGGUGUCCCCUUGGAAUUAUUCGGUGUCUGGAGGGUUUCUGUUGUCUUGGAUGCAGUUUUACUUCAGUCAGACAGAGAGGCAGAGAGGACAGGACCGACGCCCGACAGAGAGAAACACAAUAUCCUCGCUUCAACCUCAGGCGUACCAGUGGACACAUGGCGGGCCUGGCAGCUCUCUGCCUGCUGCUGGUGUUUCCACUGAGCAGCUCCCAGAGCACCCUGCAGUCUGAGCAAAAGAUCAAUGCCCAUCAGGCCCCAGCUGCGCCUCCCUCUCCUCCACACAUACGGGACCUGCUCAGAAAAGAGGAAACCACUCAUUUAAAUGCAAAACGGACGUAUGCCCAUGUAGACAAAGAUAACGCCAAAGUGGGUCUGUUCAUUGCUGCGGCCAUGGGAACCUUCGCCCUGAUGGCUGCAGUGUACUGCAUCUACAACAAAUUCUACACCAAACACCAGUACCUGCACACCCAGCUUCACGAUGACUCCGAUAACAUGGACCCUCCCCCUGUGUUUUACCACGCAUCUGCUGGCCCCAGUGCAGUAGACGUGCGGAGGGCCGGUUACGGCUCAGUCUCAGCCACUCCAUCCAUCAUCUCUGUGCCACCCAGCCUGUCCCCUCCUCCCUCUGCCAUGCCCUUCCCUCCCCUCUUCCUCUCCUCUCAGUCUCUGAGAACUAUAUCAGCCAGGGACCUGGAGAAAAGCUGCAUCUGAUGUCGAAUGCUUAGUUCGCAGUAUGAAAGCAGAAGUAGUAGUUUCUUAAUUGCGCACUUUGUUUUUCACACUUAGUUGUAAUUUUGCAUGCAAAAUUACAACUAAGUCGGAUGUGUGUUGCGGUGUUGCCCACUUUGUUUUUCAAUACCGCAACACACAUCCGACUUAGUUGUAAUUUUGCAGGCAAAUGACUUUGCACAAGCAUUCGGUUUUUUAACAAUAGGAAACUGCAGAAGAAGAGACUCUUUACAGCAACAGUUGGUGGUGAAAUAUACCGAAGAAUUGUGCUGUGAUGAAGUAACUCAUCCACCUGCUGCAACUGCCAGAUCUGCCCCAAAUAUAUAUCUAUGUAUCAAUAUCUUUCCUGCACCUCAUCUCACACCAGCCAUCCUCUCAGUAGUUGUCCACUGUGGUACCGGAAAAAAUAAACUGU